GUAAAGCAUCAAGAAAUGGCAUCGUCGUCGUUCAAAUAGUGCUGCAGCUUGUUGUUAAGAUUGAUUGCGUUACGCUUCCCAAACGCAUUAGAAAAGAGAACGAGUACGAACGGGCAAGAGAGCGAAGAAGAAAGAGAGCGUACGCAAGCAAGCAAAAAACGGGCAGGCGUGCGUGUGGUGGUGUGCACAGAGCGCAAUGUUUAUAUCGUCAUCUCGCUUGGGCCGAUUGCGAAACCAACCCAUGCCAGAGCGAGACAGCCAGCAAAGAACGCGCAAAGUGUGUGUGCGUGUGUCGAGUGUGUGGCAAAUAGGAGCCUAUAGAGAGAGAUUUAGAAAUUAUUAGGACACAAGUUGAACGUGCCACAGUGCGCUGGUGAACUGAACACCGCGGCCGUGGCAAGAGUGUGUAAAAAUUGGUGGUCAAAUUAAAUUGCCGUUAAAAGUGAACAUCCCCACCGCAAAUCGAACGUGGCAGUGGUGUGCCGUGGAAGGUGCGUAUGAAGUGACGGGGGAGCAUUUUCUUCGAAUGUUGGUGGUAGUGGAAGAAUUUUCCGAAACAAGUGAAAGUUGUGCUCCACCCCGCUUUGCCGACACCGCUGCCGGAAGCUGUUGAUUCAUCUCGGUCGUAUCGGAAUCCUUGCUGUGGCGGACAGGCUGUUGCUUACCGCAGCCAGCCAGUAGUAGUGCGUAGUGACCGGAAUGUGUGGUGGACCAAUUGGCAGUGAAAGAGUUAAUUGGUGAGCAGGCAUCACCGUCGUCAUAUAUCGACCAGCCAAAAGGAUUCUGUGUUUACUCAGUGCACAGUAAGGUCGAUUGAAGCGUCAAGUUAACUGAGCCCAACAUCUUUAAGUUAUGAAUAUCGUUAAAACUGCGUGGAAAACAGGCAGAAAAAUGUAGCCAUACUAAGCACGAACCACUACUAAACUUUUUGACGGCAGUAUCGGCUAGUUAGAAGAGGCGAAUCUGGCAGUACGGCCAGACUGUUCUAUAAGAAUAAAAAAAGGCGAAAGUGAUUUUCCACAUGCUGUGUAGUGUCGGGAUUGAAAGUAAAGUGCAACAACCACCCUGCAUGCUGAUGCGCGAAAUACACACUCGCAAGUUGCAAUAUUUGAGUUGAGGAAAGUGAAAAUAGACGACGACGACGACGACGGCGAAAAACAAAAACAAGAUGUACCGCUGAUUCCAUCGACGGAAGUGGUGGUGAACUGUACGGAUUUUGGGUGUAAUUUUCUAUGAAUGUUUUAUUUUCUGUUAUACUCCGAUCGAAAGUGCACUAUCGAAUCUAGUAGACGCUGAGCGUGUUGACAACCGAAAGUUUAGAGGACAACUCGUUUGUCCCCUGGUUUAUGUUUACAUUUCUGUGUGCGUGUGUGUGCGUUAAUAACCAUGGAAACACUGGCGGAAACGAGCCUGCCGGCAGGAUUACGGCGCACGGUACCAAACUCCCUUAUUCCUACCUCGCCCGAUGGUGAACAGUCACCGCAAAACAGCAAUCCCGGCUCGGUGCUGGCCAACAUUAUCGGUACGAGCCCGGGCGGUAGCAGCAGUGCGCACAACCUGCUCGAGGACCACUCACAAUCAUCGCAGGAAGAUGGCAGUGGGAGUAUGGUCAGUCCCGCUCCACAUCCCGAACCGGAAGAAACGAUCGAAAACAUUGAGAAGGAGCUAAGCGAAUCGUGCGUGGAUACAGACUCACAGCCGGCACUGGAUACCGGUCACGGGAAGCAGAAAACUACCGUAUCACCGCGCAGCAGUGCCGCCGGCGCACAGGGAGCAGCGCCAUCGACAUCCUCCCCGACAACGUCAGCGACCGGUGGGAAGGGUGAUGCUAACGGGCAGACGGCAAAGACGACGACGGCGACGACGGCGUCUGGCCCGGGUAGUGGAUCGUCAGUGUCGAAUGGUGGCAGCUUGCCGAAGGUGACACCGAGCGGUGGUAAACCGAUGGCCAUGCGUAACUUGGACCGCAAGAUCAAUAAGCCACGGAGGCGACCGAAACCCAAAUCGAUGGUAGCCUUUUAUCAAAGUGAGAUAAGUGACAACAAAAUCGGCAUUAAGCUGUGUAUAAAGAAAGCAUCUGAUGCAAUAGUACAACCAAAGAAACCGAUCCGCAAGCGUGCCCGCAAACCCAAGAGCCUUAACGAGGAUAGCUCAGACGAGACGACGUCACCGGAGAAGCGAAACCGGCGGAACGAGAAGCCGCGAAAAACGAACAACAACACCGAGAAGCGAAGUGCCGAGCAGGUGUACCAGCAGCCGAAGGUGCAGAGCAUAUGGGUGAACGGCAUGCCCGAUUCGGUGCUGUAUACGAUCUUUAAAAAAGUCGUCCAGGAGGAGGGAAGCCUACCGACGCUGGUUCGCCUGUCGGAAGUUUGUGCGAGCUGGAACAAAAUGUCACAGAACACAUCACUAUGGCGAACGGUCGAUCUUGGCAUGUGGACGAAGGAUCGGUUUAAGACGGAGCCCCAGCUAAAAUGGUUCAUCGAGAACCGGCUGAAGCAAGCGACCGAAUUGGGAUUGGCAAACUGGAAGGUAACGAAUGUGCAAUGCGUGCUGGAAAAGCUGCUCGAGGCAGCGCCAGGGCUGACCAGCAUAACACUCACCGGCUGGAAAUCGCUCUCCUCCGACCAUCUGCUGUAUCUAGUGCAAAACUUUAAACACCUUCACAGUCUCGAUCUCAGCUCGAUCAAUGCUGAAAUGAACGCCAAUAAAACGGCCGUUGGCCAAUCGUCCUUGUGCAAUGCCAUCACGGAAAUGGGAGGCCGGCUUACCCAUCUAUACCUGGCCCACAAUCGGCUCUGUGGUAUUCCGCAAAUUGUGAAAGCACUAGCGACACACUGUCCGAAUUUGGUGCUGCUGGAUCUGUCCAACGUGAACACGAUUGCCAUAUCGCACGGUAUACUGCAUAUCGAGCAGCUGCAGCACGGCUGCCAGAAGCUGAAGGUACUCCGGAUAACGAACUCACACAUCAACCUUAGCACGGCCUCGUUACAGGAGCAGAUGGAAUCACCCGGUUUCCCCGAACUAGAGGAGCUUUCCGUCGCCUCCCUAGCGGACGAAGCGCGCAUGUUUAACGACGAGUUUCUGCAGCGCAUCCUUAAAACCAGUACAAAGCUGACGCUCCUAGACGUGCGCGGUUGCGCCCGCCUAACGCACGACAGUCUCAUCCGGUUGCCGACGUGGGAUUUGAAGCAUCUCUUCCUAUCCGGCUGUUCGAUCAACCGCGACCUGGGUGCUGGUCUGGAGCUGAUUGCGUCGAAAUGGGCGCACAGUUUGAUCGAGUUCGAUCUGGCGUGGGCUAGCGCUACCAAACCGCUGGACGAUGCAUUGAAAGCCCUCGCGGACAAGGGUUCCGAAUCGCCAUUGAAGUACCUCAACCUCUGCGGAUCAUCGGUUUCAUUGGAAGCGGUAAAGGAGGUACUAGCGAACUGUCCACACAUUAACGCCAUCAAUCUCUCCUCGUGCCGGGGGUUACCGCGCGGCGUCAAGCGAUUACUGCAGGGCGCACAGGAAAUUGCGGAACUGCGAGAAAACCUGGGCGUCACGCUAAAGGGCGCACCGUCGCAAUCUGCCUCCUCUCCAACCGAUACCUAAGCGUCCUUCUAACCCUACAUUCGCCUCCACGUGCUGUGUGAUACGUGCACGGUCAUCUUGAAGCGGCAAUAAUGAUGAUGGUGGUGGUGGUGAUGAUGAACCUCGCUCGUAAUGUGCGUGAUAUGGUGGAGGAUUUUUAAAACACAUUAGCCAAACUUCCCAGUUGACGUGGCAUUAGCAGCGAGGCAGCAUCAAGAAGCGGAAGGAAAGGCAGCAGCUAAGGUACAAGCAGCAGCAAUAGUAAUAGUACCUUCCCCGGUUCCCCGGUUGUCUAUCGUUUCCGGUGUGACAACCGCAUUGUUGGCAUUUGAUAGCGCAACUUCACGCUGGGCAACCGCCACGUGUGCACCAUUUGUUUGUAAUUUGUUUUUUUUUUAGCUGUGAAUAGUCGGCGCACUCUUAGGAAUACGGUACAAUUCCAGGUACCCGUGGUUUCUUUUAUUAUUUUACAUUUAUUGCUUCUCGUCAAGAGAAGAGUAGGAAGGACAAAUUGUCAACCAUCGUUCCCGUAAAUUAGCCAACCAAGAGACAAAAGUUACAAAUUCGCGUGCGCUUACUAUUAUUGCACACACAACCUUAACCCCAGUAGCCGCAUAUGCCGUAUCGUUGUUGGUGGGUGGACUGUUUCAGCUCCCGCAAACCGAUGUACCUUUUUCGGGCCAGUUUUUCGAUUCUGUGAGCCUGUUCACACCAUAUUCUCCCAGCGAAAUUGUACGCUCAAAAACGAUCUCAACCAACGUUUCGUUUCAUUGUUUGAUUGUUGUUUUAUCUCUUUGUGUUUGAAAUGAUGGUUUAAACGCGCAAUCUGUGUUAUACACACUAGGCUUCUGUUUAAUGGACACCAGGCACGAAGCAAGCGAAUUCGAAAACGAACGUUACACAGAUAUCGGGGGGGAGCGAUAUCGCUGGACUUAUAUAGCUGGAUCUAUUGCCGAUUUCGCUCCUUUCAUCCAGUGCUGCGCAUUUUUGAUCGCUUGCUUUACGCAGCUUGUUGCGGGCGAUCAAUCUCCUUCACGAAGUGUUCCUCCCCAUCGGUACCUUUAUUUUCGGUAUGUUGUUCUACGAUCUCUUAUCUAAAUUCCAAUCGGUCUGUUCUAUAAACCAACAAUAUCUGUCUAAGAAUCUCGGUACAAAAUUUUUUUUUUCGUUAAAUUUAUUAUCUUUGUUAUUAAAAUUAGUAAUUGUUUUAUUAAAUACUUACAGUGAGACCUCCCAAAGAUGGAGAAACCGUAGAGAGAUGACUGGGCAACAGUUUUGCACUAGUAGCUUGAAUCGGUCUAUUUAAAGUGUUGGAAACUUUGGGAGGGCUCCCAACGAUCUGUCAGUUAGAAAGCAAAGAACACAAGAAACAAGAGACAAGAAAGAUCGGAAAAAGGGAGGUCGGGCCUACCCGACGGGAAUCAGCAGGACCAGUCAAGAACCGAAGUUAAAACAGAAGUGUACUAAUUUUUUGAUCUCUGCUAUUAAAGAUUUCUAAAGAAUUCAACCGCGUUUCAACAUAAAGUUUUCCACAUCUCAUCACAGUAGGGUCGGUCCUCAAUGGAAAUUUUUCUUCUUCUUCUUCUUACCUGGCACUACAACCUCGAAGAGGUCUGUGACUUGAUUGUACCCCGUAGCAUAGUAGUCAUACCUUCUCGUACGGUGAGGCGGUCUGGAUAGGAUUUGAACCCCAGUCCUGCUGUGUGAAGAGCGGCGCCGUUAUCGACACGCCCCGCGAAUGGAAAUUACUCUCGAGAAUUUUCUCUUCUUCUUCUUCUUACCUGCCAUUUCUGGCUUACUGGACUUAAUGAUGCCACGUAGUUCGAUAGUCAAUUCUCACUACGGAGGGAACGGUCCGGAUGGGAAUUGAACUCCGGUCCUGCCGUGUGAAGUCCGGUGCCGUAGCCGCUUUUACCAUCGGACCGAGUUGGAGGAAUGUUUGAAAUGAAUAGUGGAAUAUUACAAGUCCGCUGUGGAUGUUUGCAAUCGUACAAUGGAAUCUUGAAAACAAUUAGGGACAAUUUGCAAUGCGACUGUGGAGAGUUUUUAAAAAAGCUGUGGAUUAAGGAAGUGGUAAUUGAAUCAACAUUUUGCUCGUGAAACGAGUUAAAAUUUGAAGGACAAGUUCAUGUAAAAACAGCAAUCCAAUGGCACCCUGUAUGAGCGGCUUCGGUUGAAGGACACAGUUCUUCCAAAACUAGAUGAAGGACAUGUAUGUAUUUUAGAGCAAUUUAUCAUCGUUUGAAGGUUCAACUCUCGGGGAGGUUUCACUGCAAUUUCCUUGUUCUCUAUCUCUUCUGUGGUUUGUUUUAUCAACGAACGUGAGGUACAAAUAAUUUAAAUGCCUAUUUCUAAACCUAACCAUUCCUGAUCAAGUGGUGCCAAUAAGAUACUUUUAUACCCCCGUUUUUACCUUCCCGCGAUUUUAAUUGCUUCAAACAAUGUGCAAAUAACCAGGUACGUGUUUUUUAAUUUAUCUUAAAAUUUUACGCACACUUCGUGAAGGGAUGGUUGAAUCGCUUGCCGGACGAGAGGAUUAAAAUUUAGCUUUUAAGUAACACAAUGUUUGCAAUACCUAUAGUUGGUCCUUGAGUGCGUAGUUAAUGCCCACACGACGCUACAAACGCAUCUGGUUUCGUUAGGCUUGCCUAUAUCCGUUAACAUACUUGCGGUGCGAUUGUGGGGAUGUUUUUACAAGAAAAUCGUUUUGUAAACUAAUGUAAGUAAAAUUUAACCUCCAGUAAUCGAAACGGGGGGAGGAGACCAUAGAGGGAUAAAGAAGAACGCACCACAUUGAAGCGGAUGGCGCGACCAAAUCGAAAGCUCCUCAGUAUGUGACCGUUGACGUAGAAGUGAGCUUUAUAGUAGUGGAAAAUGUAUUUAAAAUAUGUUUAUAUGCUUUCUGAAGACAUCUUACAAAAUGUGUUUUUAAGGAUAAAACCUCAGAGAAUUCUUUUAAUUCUUGUACUUUGUUUUACAGGGUUUCUCAGGCUAAUUCAACAUUGUAACGCUAUAUGUCAACAGCAUCAAACGCUGAUCCGGAAUCGUAUAUGCCUCGUUAACCCUUCUCAACACAGGAAAACAAACAUUCAACGCCGUAAAAUUCUAAGCUUGCAAUGGCAAAUUCCUAGUUGACGGAGCUAUAUUUGAAACAAUGUUUAUAUGCUAUACUUGGUUUCGCAAUCUCUCCCUCUCUCCUUGGCCUAAAGACCCCUGAAGGUAAUGGUAGCCAUUUCUGGCUUGCUAAACUUAAUGCUACCACGGAGUUGGGUAGUCAGUUCACGCUAUGGGGGAAAGGUCCGGAUGAGAUUUAAACCCCGGUCUUGUCGUGUAAAGACCGACGCCGUUGUCGCCUCUACCAUCGGGCCAUUUUAAAAUUCCCGUAUCAUGUCAACCGAUUCUAAUGAAUUGGAGUAGUCCGGUUGCCGAGGUGAUUGCGGCACCGGUCUUCACACUGCGAGACUGGAGAUGGAAUCCCUUCCAGACCGCUUCCCUGUACGCAAGGCUGUGAAUAUUCAGCUACGGCAAACAAAAAUCAAGUCGAAGAACGAAAUGGCAGGAAUAGACUUUUUUUUUCAUUUAUUUAUAGAGGUUUUGAAUUGAAGAGGGUUUGAAUGAGUCUUAAAGACUUCAUUCGCCUCUUUCCGGUAUGAAGGUUACAUGGCUAUUGUGGUUAUGGCUAGCUAGUAACUAAGGACUAUUCCAAGUGUGGCUCAUAAAAUAACUAUUGCGGAUUAAAACUAAAUUUCUCUAUAAAGGUUGCUGAUGUGUGAAAAUCGAAUAAGGCGGUUUUGUUGCUGUUUGUCGGGUGAGAGAAUGGUGGCUAUGUCGCUAUCUAGUUGGCAGGUGUUUCGGUGUACAGUGUAACCAUAGCAAUCGGCGAGAAUGUGGCGGACCGUGAUGUCAACGCCACAGAAGCUGCAGAGUGGAGGGCUGGAUUUUUCGAGGAGUUAGGAGUGGGUCAGGCGGGUGUUUCCGAUGCGGAGGCGGGAUAGGACUCGUUGGUGUUGCGGCUGGAAUCAGGAUCAUCCCAUGGUGCUGUGUUGUGUUUGGUAGUACGGAGUUUCGUGGAGAGGUCUAGGUUGUACCAGGUGGUGUUCCAAUGUUGAGCGAUUGCAGUGUUGAUGAAGCGGAUGGCGUCUCGGCGAGAUAGGGAGUCGUGUGGUUCAGUUUGACGGAGCCGACCUCUGUUGGCCAGUCGGUCGGUUUUCUCGUUUCCUUGGAUUCCGGAAUGACCCGGAAUCCAACAGAAGACUAUUGCGGGAGAUGAAGGGAUGUCAUCUAGGCAGGCCCAGACUUUUCGAGGUUGUGGUGCCAAAGAAAAAGAAGAAGACUAAGAUUGUUUUUUGGAAAAGCAUUAAAAUAACUCAACAUAAACAAAGAACAACAGACUUAUCCUUGAAAAUUGAUUGAAAUUUUAAAAUUAAAAUCAUAAUUCAUUAUCGAGUCAACGGUUUACAAUUUAAAUAUUUAACAGAAUCACAUCGAAACAUGCUGCUUGAUAGGUCAUUUUCAUUUUUUUAUAGGCAUUUUCCCAUGUCGAGUUGGGGCUUUACGGAGUUGAAUGUUUGUUUUCCUGCAUAUAUGAAUUGCUUAUAUGAUGUCGGAUUAGCGUUCUAUGCUGUUGCCAUGCAGCGUUACAAUGCUGAACUGACCUGAGAAACCCUGUAAUUGUUACCGAUCACUCAUGUCGAAUUUUUGAAUGAAGUUGAAUUGUGAUUUAACGCCAGAAAUUUAGCCAUCAAAACGUAAACUUGUAAGACAUUUUAAAUCCUGGAACAUCAUUUUAUGGUUUUAUCUCAAGUACUAUUACUAAAAUCUCUCACUACUAAAACCGCUGUCAGCAGGUUCGAAAAUUUACCACCAGGGGCGCGCUGCAAUAGAAACUGUUACGGGCGCGAUCAGCUUCCAUGUGGUGCUUUCUUUGCCGUUGUUAUUACAAAGUCAUUGUAGUAUUCAGCAGCAGCAAAUGCAAAAAGGGGCACAAAAUGAUCAAAACGGUUUUGUGUAGCGUAUAGAAACGAAGAAAGCUAUGUAGGGAAUGGUAAGGGAGAGAAAAACUGUUGCAAGAGCAGAACAAAAGCAAAACAAAUUUAUAUCUCGCCUUUUCCAACAUGGCAGCGCAGUGGUGCAGAGCGUGAAACAGUGGAACAAAAAUACCAGAACAUACCAGAAGUGAAAAGCCAAAUCAUGGUGAAGGUGAGAAAGCAUCGCGAGUGGCGCGCAUACUUCCUUUUUUCGUACAAAAUCCCACCACGAUUCUUGAGAAUGGCCACCGGAAACUGUGUGCGUGUGUGUGUGUGCGCGCGCAAUAUAAAAUGACAAAAAUACGUAGGAAACAAACAAACCCAAGCUAGUGUAGAGUGUAGUUAAACCUUUUUUCUUAACCAUUUCCCCUUGUUCCCUUCGUCCCCCGGAUUGUGCCCGAUUUUCCUCCGACCGGAGUCAACGUUUUUACAAAAAGAAGCAAGGUUCGCACUCCGCCGUCGUUAACGUUGUAAUUUAUUUUGUUGGCUGCGUAGGUAUGGCGGCAAUAAUCUAACUGCUAAGGUAGCUCGUAAGUGCACUAAAAGCUAAGCGAAAUCAAACAAACCACAAAUAAGCAAGAGGAUCAACAUUUUCUUUGUUAAGUAGUGUGUUUCUUGUUGCAGAACCGAAGGGGGAAUAAGAAUGGAAAAGGAAAGGAAUGUUGUUGAAAAAGAACAAGCGGGGGAAAACACACACACACAAACACAUACACAUGUUGGCAAGUACUUGGAGGAAAGUGCGAAAAGAAAGUGUGUGUGUGUGCAAAUAAAAAAGGGAAAACAUUCAAAAGGACACAACCAAAAUUGUUAAUAUCGAAUGAAUCCGAUCGGAAAACAGAGAACAAAAAAUACAAGUUAGUUUUCUACAAUCCAACCCCAAGCCGAUGUGACCCCCGAUGGUAGGAAAAACACGAAACCAGCUAAUGUAAGCAAACAAACAAAAUGCCCACUUGUAAAGUGUGCGUGUGUGCGUGAACGCGUGUGUGUGUUUGAUUGCACUUCGAAUAUAAAAAAAAACAAAGCAAAGCGGAACCAAGUGCAACAAGGAAUGGUGGAAACAAGAGUUAGAAGUAAAACAGAGCGCGAUGAAAAAAUUAUAUUAUAUUAUAUUAUUAUUAUGAUAAUUAUUAGUAUAGUUUUCGUUUAGACUUAUUGGAAAAAAAUAUAUUAUUGAAUAAAUGUGUUUUAUACAAAGCGAAA